AUGUCCUAUGACCCUGUUUUUUUUUCUGUGAAUCAGUUUGUAAGAAUGAGCAGUCCGAGAGAGCGCAUGUACAAAGUGGUGAUGGUGGGAGACUCGGUAGUGGGGAAAACCAGCUUCAUCCUCAGGGUCUGUAGAGACGAAUUUAAACCAAACCUCAACCCGACAAUAGGUGUGGACUCACAAGUUAAGACAUUUGACGUGGACGGAGACAUGGUAGCACUACAGAUCUGGGACACUGCAGGGCAGGAGAGGUUCAGAAGCAUCGCUACGUCAUACUUCAGACGGAGUGAUGGCGUCAUCCUCCUGUAUGACGUCACGUACGAGGCGUCAUUUCUGAACGUCCGGGACUGGAUCACGGCUGUGGAGGACGGAGCAGGAAAGAAGCUUCCCAUCGUGCUUUGCGGCAACAAGACAGACCUGAGACCGACGGCAGAAAAGUACGGGAAGAAAGUCAUCUCAACAGAGGCGGGGAAGAAAUUAGCAAAAGCAGCAGGAGCCAUCUUUUUUGAGACGAGUGCAAAGGAAGGAUCCAACAUUCAAGAAGCAGUCCUUGGGCUUGCACGAUGCCUAAGACAAGAAGAAGACAGAGAAUCUAAAGCGUUAGCCUUACAACUCACCAACCAAGUCGAGCCUGCCGAGAAGCCCGCAAGCUGUUGUUAA